AUGACAACCUCGACGCCCUACUUCACUCUCGACGGCCAAGUCCGUUUUCCGUCCUCGGCUCUACUCUCUGUCGCUUGCAUAUGCAUACGCAGCCUUCAUUCCCACUACGAGACUCGUCGACGAAGCUGCGAGGCUGCAAAUGAUGAAGAUGGGGAGGUUAACGCUACAGAAUCUCUUGGGGAUGUCGAACAUACUGUUCGCGCUAUCGAUCCGCCGUACUGGCAAGAGCUUCUAUCUAAGAGGCUGCAACCCAAUGACAUCCCAGCACAGGAGAUUGACGAGCGUCAACGUGUCUCUAACUUGUUCGCGCUCGGGACGAUUCCGAAAGCAGAAUUUGUGAUCGCUGAAGCGGUGCAGAGGUGCCGAGAGGCGAGGGAGGCGAGUAUGGACAAAUCAGAGUCGGCCAAAGAGGACGUGUUGUUAGACCUCCUAGUGUUUCUGGCGAAUUACAACAUGCAGGUUCUUCGCGUCGUCCUUUUUGCCUCUCUGACGAGCUACGUCGCUGCGUGGAGGACCGGCGACUUGAGUGCGAGGGACAGCUGCUGCGACGAUCCGUGCAAUGCUGCACCAUGCAUCUACGACGGCUGUGCAGAUUCGACUGUUGUGGUAGCUCUUGAAUUAUCGAAGAUGUUGGAGAAAGUACACAAUAAGUCGAAGUAG